ACUGGAAAUGCUGUUCUAUAAAUCCAUGAUAUUGCUCGUAUUGUAGGAUGUUUGCGACGAAAACACAAUCAGUAAUUGCGAGAAAAUGUAUCUUCUUCACUUCAAGACUAAAGUGCUUCAGAAUUGAUGGUCAUGCUUCAAAGUAUCAGCUGAGGUUACUUCGAACUACGAGUUCAGCUCUACGUCUAGUGAACAGAAGUCAAAACCAAUUAUUUUUAAAAACAAGACACUACGAAAACAGGCACUUAGUUUCUUUUAAUAACAGAACUAAAGAACGUGGAAAUCAUUACGACUCAAAUAAAACAUAUCCACGUUUAAACACAGCUUCUGUCGUGGAAUCUUGYCCUGAAAUUAUCCAGCCCUACUUGAAACUUAUUAGGUUUGAYAGACCAAUAGGAACAUGGUUACUAUAUUUGCCUUGUACAUGGAGUAUUUCAAUGGCYGCAGAYCCAGGKUUGAUACCUGAYCUAAAGCUUCUGACACUAUUUGGUGUUGGUGCGUUGGUAAUGAGGGGUGCAGGCUGUACCAUCAAUGAUAUGUGGGAUUCUGAUUUUGAUAAAAAGGUUGCUAGAACAAGAACAAGACCAAUUGCUUCAGGUCAAAUAAGUCAUUUUCAAGCUUUGGUUUUUCUUGGAGCUCAGCUAAGCUGUGGCCUUGCAGUUCUUCUCUGUUUAUACAACUAUAGCAUUGUCCUUGGAGCUUCAUCCAUGGGUUUAGUUAUAACAUAUCCAUUAAUGAAAAGAAUCACCUAUUGGCCACAAGUUGUUUUAGGUUUGACAUUCAACUGGGGUGCUUUAGUUGGUUGGUCAGCUGUAAAGGGGAGCUGUGAUUGGUCAGUUUGCUUACCUCUUUAUGCUGGCGGCUUCUUCUGGACAAUGGUAUAUGAUACUAUAUAUGCCCACCAGGACAAAGAGGAUGACAUUCAGAUUGGAGUAAAAUCAACAGCUCUGCUGUUUGGUGAUAACACAAAACCUUGGCUGUCACUAUUUAGUGUUGCCAUGGUUACUAAUCUAGUCCUGGCAGGAUUAGCUGCUGACCAGACUUGGCCAUUCUAUGUAGGAAUGGGUUUAACAGCUACGCACUUAGCUUGGCAGGUUGCUGCUGUAGAUCUCAACAACCCUAAUGACUGUCUAAAGAAGUUUAAGUCUAAUAAAUGGCUGGGUCUGUGGAUAUGUGGUGCAAUAAUGGCUGGAACAUUAUACAAAGAGUCAAAAGACGACAAACGAGACAAAUCAAGUUGAAAUUUGAAAUGAAUUACUAGUAGGUUUUGUACUGUAAACAUACAAAAUCAAAUUAAAAGUUUUUCAUUUAACCUAUGAAAGACGAACUAAUAAUUAGCAAGUAAUACUUUGUAGUACUUGGUGUGUAUAGAGUGCACGGCAAAAAAGCAUGAAACAAUUCUUAACUAUCAACAUCWAAUAAG